UCAGUUCUCUUCUGCGUACUUUUAUUUCAUUUAUCCUCACUGACAGCCAUUGGAGGAGACCCCACUACCUCCACCUUUUUUCAUCAAAUUCAUCUCCAUUUCUCCACGCUCCGCUCCUCCAUUUUUUGUUCUACUGCUACAGGCUCAUGCCCCUCGCUCACCGUUGCUCAUCUCGUUUCUUCGAUUUGGACUAGUUCUUUAUCAUCCCACAUGGGAUCAGCUACGGAUGAACAAUAUGCCAAGUUUGAGGAAAAGGUAAAACGGACUGUCUAUGUUGAUAAUCUCUCCCCCCAAGUGACUGAGCCUGUUUUGAGAACCGCUUUAGAUCAGUUUGGGACUGUUGUCAGUGUCCAUUUUAUUCCAAAUUUCACGGAGCCAAUUAAUAGCUCGCAAUGUGCUUUAGUCGAGAUGAAGGACUCGAAGGAGGCAAAUUCUGUCAUCUCUGUGAUAGCUCAGUUCCCUUUCAUGAUGUCUGGAAUGCCAAGACCGGUGAGGGCGUACCCUGCCGAAGUGGAAAUGUUCGAUGAUCGCCCUAUAAAGCCCGGUAGGAAGAUUAGCUUUGUCUGGUUGGGGAAGGAUGAUCCUGACUUUGAAGUGGCAAAGAAAAUGAAGUGUCUUACUCAGAGGCAUGUCGCUGAAGCUGCAUUCUUGCUGAAGCAACAGUUGGUGGAAGAGGAGAAGCUUGCAAAGCAGCAGCAAGAUGCACUGAAAGCAAACUACAAGAAAUAUGAGAUCGUUGAAGGUGUAAUGACUGAUGGAACUGCCCGCAGGUUAGCAAGGCGUUAUAAUAUGCGUGUUGCAGAUGAUUAAUUGCAUGCUUUGAAGCUUUUGUUUUUUGCACUCCUAAUUGCCUGAUCACGUAAAUUUUGUACAAAUUAUCACUUAGAUGGCCUUAUAGAGAUUAAUUAGAGAAUUCUGUUGUGAUUUAGAGGGAGAAGGAUAGUUAAUUAGUGUAAUACUCCUAUUAUUACUCUUUUGGAUUCGUCUCUUGUUUGGGAAAUGACUUCGGUUUAAAAUCA